GCCAUGGGGGACCUGUUUAUGCUCAGGGUGGCCAUGGGCAUAUGCUAUGCCACCUUCAGUGCCUCUGCCUGGUCAGUGAACAAUUUCCUGAUGACAGGUCCCAAGGCCUAUCUAACCUACACUACCAGCGUGGCCCUGGGCGCCCAGAGUGGCAUAGAGGAAUGUAAGUUCCAGUUUGCUUGGGAACGGUGGAACUGCCCUGAAAAUGCUCUCCAGCUCUCCACCCACAACAGGAUGAGAAGCGCCACCAGGGAGACUUCCUUCAUUCAUGCUAUCAGCUCUGCUGGAGUCAUGUACACCAUUACCAAGAACUGUAGCAUGGGAGAUUUUGAAAACUGUGGUUGUGAUGAAUCAAAAAAUGGAAAAACAGGAGGCCAUGGCUGGAUCUGGGGAGGCUGCAGCGACAAUGUGGAAUUUGGAGAAAGGAUCUCCAAACUCUUUGUGGACAGUCUGGAGAAGGGGAAAGAUGCCAGAGCCCUGAUGAAUCUUCACAACAACAGGGCAGGCAGGCUGGCAGUGAGAGCCACCAUGAAGAGGACCUGCAAAUGUCACGGCAUCUCGGGGAGCUGCAGCAUCCAGACGUGCUGGCUGCAGCUGGCUGACUUCCGGGAAAUGGGUGACUACCUAAAGGCCAAGUAUGACCAGGCGCUGAAAAUUGAGAUGGAUAAGCGGCAGCUAAGGUCUGGGAACAGUGCUGAGGGCUGCUGGGUGCCCACUGAGGCCUUCCUUCCCAGCGCAGAGGCUGAGCUGAUCUUCCUGGAGGAGUCACCAGAUUACUGUACCCGCAAUUCCAGCCUGGGCAUCCAUGGCACAGAGGGUCGCGAGUGCCUGCAGAGCAGCCACAACACUUCCAGAUGGGAGCGACACAGCUGCAGGCGCCUGUGCACUGAGUGCGGCUUACAAGUGGAAGAGAGGAGGACUGAGGCCAUCAGCAGCUGUAACUGCAAAUUCCAGUGGUGCUGCACAGUCAAGUGUGACCAGUGUCAGCACAUGGUGAACAAGUACUACUGCAUGCGCUUCUGGGGCAAGGGCAGCGCCUGGUAG